CCUCCUCCUCCGGCGGCUUCCGGCGCGGCCCCUGCAGACCUGUAGCGGCCGAAUCAUGGACCGCAACCCCUCGCCGCCGCCGCUGCCCAGGAACGAGGUCGACCAGGAGGAGGAGGAGGUGGCGGGGGGUGACUGCAUAGGGAGCACGGUGUACAGCAAGCACUGGCUCUUCGGCGUCCUCAGCGGGCUCAUCCAGUUGGUUAGCCCUGAAAACACCAAAUCCAGCUCAGAUGACGAGGAGCAGCAGAUGGAGCUUGAUGAAGAAAUGGAGAAUGAGAUUUGCAGAGUAUGGGAUAUGUCAAUGGAUGAGGAUGUGGCUUUAUUUCUCCAAGAAUUUAAUGCUCCUGAGAUAUUUAUGGGUGUAUUGGCCAAAUCCAAAUGUCCUCGAUUAAGAGAGAUCUGUGUGGGAAUUUUAGGUAAUAUGGCCUGUUUCCAGGAGAUAUGUGUGUCCAUCAGCAAUGAUAAAAAUCUUGGCCAGGUAUUAUUGCAGUGCUUGUAUGAUUCAGACCCUCCUACUUUGCUGGAAACAAGCAGAUUGUUGCUUACAUGCCUUUCCCAGACAGAAGUGGCCAGUGUCUGGGUUGAAAGAAUCCAGGAACAUCCAGCUAUUUAUGAUAGCAUUUGCUUCAUCAUGUCAAGUUCAACAAAUGUUGACUUGCUGGUGAAGGUGGGGGAGGUUGUAGACAAGCUCUUUGAUUUGGAUGAGAAGCUGAUGUUGGAAUGGAUUAGAAAUGGGGCCGUUCAGCCUCAGGACCAACCCCAGGAAGAUUCUGAAGAGCAACGAGUGUUUAGAAUUGUGCCCUGUGUGCUUGAAGCUGCCAAACAAGUACGUUCUGAAAAUCUGGAAGGACUGGAUGUAUACAUGCACAUCUUACAGCUACUUACUACAGUAGAUGAUGGAAUUCAAGCAAUUGUACAGUAUCCUGACACUGGAAAAGACACUUGGAAUUUACUUUUUGACAUAGUCUGCCAUGAAUUCUGCCAGUCUGAUGAUCCACCCAUCAUACUUCAAGAACAGAAAACAGUGCUGGCCUCUGUUUUUUCAGUAUUGUCUGCCAUCUAUGCUUCACAGGUUGAACAGAAGUAUCUAAAGGUAGAAAAAGUAGAUCUUUCUCUAAUAGACAGCCUGAUUCGUGUUUUAAAAAAUGUGGAACGUUGUCAGAAGAAACCAGAGAAUUCGGCAGAGUCUAACACAGAAGAAACUAAAAAGUCUGAUUUAACCCAAGAUGAUUUCCACUUGGAAAUCUUAAAGGAUAUUUCAUGUGAAUUUCUUUCUAAUAUUUUUCAGGUAUUAACAAAGGUGGAAGACUUUCUUAAAAUCCUUCAUGAAGUUGAUAAGACCCUUGCUGGUGACCUAGAAGAAAGCUUCCCAAGUUUAAAGACUCAGACGUAAAAACUGAACUGUAAUUCCCUCUGCCCAAGAAGUAAACUUUAUUUUUGUUAAUGACAGUUGAAAUUGACUUGUAGGAAGUAUUAUAUAAAGCCUACAUAAGACCAUCAUUGUCUGGUAUUGCACGCAUGCACUUCUUCCCCCAGCCUUAUCUCACUUUUGUUUAAUAUUGGAAUCUAGAGUUUCAUCCCCAUCAAACAUCCCCUCCCCCCCCCCUUUUUUUUUUUUAAUAUUGGUUAUGUGGUAUUUGUUACCUUCGGGUAAA